CGCCUUCUGAGCGUGCUCUAUUCAGCUUCUAGUAAUUUCCGGUUAGCCGUUAGUGCGUUUCUGCUCUCCUCCACCGUGUGCAUUAACUAUGGAUUCACGGAAAUUAGGAGAAUUACGCGAAUUUGUUAGGCUUUGUCAGGACAACCCAAGUGUAUUACACCGUCCGGAACUCGGCUUCUUUACGGAAUGGCUGCACAGCCUGGGAGCAUCUGUUCCGUGUCCAGAGACCAACGAUUCAUAUACAGAAGCUAGUCAGGGGGAAGCCGCAAACGAAGAAACAUGCCCUCCUCAGAACAAUGAAAGUGAAGAGAGUGAACUGGAAAUUGAUAACGAAGGGGUGGUUUCUCCUGAUGACGAUGAUGAGUUUCAGCAGAUGGGAGAGGACAAUGUUGAGCUUACUGAAGAAAUGAUAGAUCAAGCUAAUGAAAAAAAAAUACAAGCAAUUGCAGCUUUAGUAGCUGGUAAGUUCUCUACAUUGUGA